UACUUUUCUAAUCAUCACUCGCACUGUCACGCGGCCACGCCACGCCACGCAUCUAUUCCAUCCCAUUCUUCUCUCGCGCGGAGGCGGCGGCGGCGGCGGCGGCGGCGACGACGAGGAGGGAGGAAGAUGACGGUGGGGAUGAUCAACGCGAACCCGGUGGUGCACGAGAGGCCGGAGCGCGCCGCCCACCCGCACCCCGCCGACGCCAUCGACGCCCUCGACGUCUUCGAUACGGUGCGGGACAUCAAGGACCCGGAGCACCCCUACUCGCUGGAGCAGCUCAGCGUGCUCUCCGAGGAGUCCGUCUCCGUCGACGAGAAGCUCGGCCGCAUCCAGAUAACCUUCACUCCAACUGUGCAGCACUGUAGCAUGGCUACAGUGAUUGGUCUGUGCCUUCGGCUUAAAUUGAUGCAGAACUUUCCUCCACAUUUCAAGAUUGACAUUAAAGUUGCUCCAGGAUCUCUUGCUAAUGAAGAAUCAGUAAACAAGCAACUGAAUGACAAGGAGAGGGUAGCAGCCGCCUUGGAGAACCCCAACCUACGCCAGUUGGUUGAUGAGUGUCUUUGUUCCAACGAUUCACACUCACACUAACACGUCCUUGCGCCUGCCUGCUGUAUAGUAAUAAUCAUGCAUGUUGCAUGUGCCCUGUGUUAUAGCUGGUUAUGUAUAAUCGCGGUUACUAUGUGCCAUUAUUUUUGCCUUCAGAGUUGUAUGCAACCGAGAAUAUACCUUAUGCACCAGUCCUUCAGACACAUAGUAUGGCUAUGGCUAUGCAUAUGCUGCUUGAGUGCUUGAUGUACCAUUCGUAUAUAAAGAGAGAGAAAAAGGAGAAUUAUGAUGUACCAUAAUUUAGUGUUUAUUGAAUCUGUCGAUUGUUUUUCGCGCUGGAAUUUUAAAAUCAGAACUGUUCUUGUUUUGGAA